CCGCUGCCUUUCCCGGACCCGCACCCGCUCCGCUCCGCCGCGCCCGGAGGCACCGGCAGCCGCGCCGGUUUGCGUGGCAGGCUAUGGGAUGGAUGAAGCUGAGCAGGACCAGUAUGAAGCCCGCCUCAAGGAGCUCUUCGACAGCUUUGACAGCACGGGCACGGGGUCCCUGGGGCAGGAGGAGCUCACUGACCUCUGCCACAUGCUGCACCUGGAGGAGGUGGCCCCGGCGCUCCAGCAGACCCUGCUCCAAGGCAACCUCCUAGGCAGGGUCCAUUUUGACCAAUUCAAAGAAGCACUUAUCCUCAUCCUAUCCAGAACCCUCUCAAAUGAAGAGCACUUCCAAGAAACAGAUUGCUCCCCAGAAGCACAGCCCAAGUACAUCAAGGGGGGGAAACGCUACGGCCGGCGCUCCCUGCCCGAGUUCCAGGCGUCAGAGGAGGACUUUGCCGAGGUGACCGUCAUCGAGCCGCUGGGCGAGGACACCUGCCCCACACACACCUGUCCCUCCAGUGGCUGCCAGCAGCACUGGAAGACACAAGACAGCGAGGAGUAUGAGGCUGAGGGACAGCUGCGCUUCUGGAACCCAGAUGACCUGAAUGCCUCCCCUGGAGCAUCACUGCCCACCCCAGAGUGGAUAGAGGAGAAACUGCAGGAGGUCUGUGAGCACCUUGGCAUCACCAGGGAUGGCCACCUCAACCGUAAGAAGCUGAUCUCCAUUUGUGAGCAGUAUGGGCUCCGGAUGGCAGCCGGGGAGGUAAUUGAAGAGGUGCUCUGUAAUCUGGAGCAAGAUGGCACCAUGAGUGUAGAGGACUUCUUCUAUGGCUUGUUUAAAAACGGAAAGUCCCUGACACCCUCAGCAUCUACCCCGUACAGACAGCUGAAACGACACCUCUCCAUGCAGUCCUUCGACGAGAGCGGGAGGCGCACGGCCACCCCCUCCGCCAUGCCCAGCACCCUCGGCUUCUGCCUCUUCUCCAGCCUGGAUGAUGGGAUGGGCUGUGGCUGUGUGGAGGACAUCCUCGACUGCUGGCACCAGGAGGGCAUAGAGAACAGCCAGGAGAUCCUGAAGGCUUUGGAUUUCAGCUUGGAUGGGAAGGUGAACCUGACAGAGCUGACGCUGGCGCUCGAAAACGAGCUUUUAAUCACCAAGAAUGGAGUCCACCAGGCAGCCCUGGCCAGCUUCAAAACAGAGAUCAGACACUUGCUGGAGAGGGUGGACCAAGUGGCCAGAGAGAAAGAGAAGCUGAGGUCAGACUUGGAGAAAGCUGAGAAGCUGAAAUCCCUGAUGGCCUCUGAGGUGGACGACCACCACGCGGCCAUCGAGCGCCGGAACGAGUACAACCUCAGGAAGCUGGAUGAGGAGUACAAGGAGCGAAUUGCAGCUUUGAAGAACGAGCUCCGGAGAGAGCGGGAGCAGAUCCUGCAGCAGGCUAAUAAACAGAGGCUGGAGCUGGAGCAGGAGAUGGAAAAGCUGAAAAUUGAUGAGAACUUCCUCCGGGACCGCCUGGCCCUUUCCCUGAAGGAGAACAGCCGCCUGGAGAGUGAGCUAUUGGAAACGGGAGAAAAACUGUCUGAGUAUGAAAGUCUGGCAAGCAAACUGCAGAGGAACUUGGAAAACGUCCUGGCUGAGAAGUUUGGUGACCUGGAUCCCAGCAGCGCGGAGUUUUUCCUGCAGGAGGAGAGGCUGGCACAGAUGAGGAGCGAGUACGAGCAGCAGUGCAGAGAGCUGCAGGACCAGAUAGAUGAGCUGCACUCGGAGCUGCAGGAGUACCGGGCCCAAGGCAAAGUGCUCCGGCCUCCCCUGAGAAGUUCCCUGUCGGAAGAAUUUGACAUGGAUAUGAAGAGUCAUGGCAACAGUGGCAUUGAGCCUGACCAAGGACUUGGUUCAGAAGACUGCAACCCCUUAAAUAUGAGCAUAGAGGCAGAAAUGGCUAUUGAACAAAUGAAGGAGCAACACCACAGGGAUCUACAUCACCUCAAGCAGGAGCUUGAAGACACAGUGAGCCGUUACGAAAAGCAGCUGGAUGAGAUAAAAAGUGACUGUGAGAGAGAACAAGAGGGUAUGAGGAGGAAGUACAAUGAAGAGAUGCAUGUCAUGGAACAGCAAAUAACUGGCCUUAAAAAUCAAAUUGCAGAACUGCAAGGAGAGGCAGCAGCGCUCAGAGAACAGCAAGAAAAGCUUGACUGUAAAUACAAUGAUGAGAAAAACAAAUUACAAAUGCAGUUUGAGGAGGAAAAAGCCAAUCUGCAAGAACUAUUGAGGCAAGAGCAUGAAGAAGAUAUUAGAGCCAGGCUGGAGCAGGUAAACGAGAAGUUUAGUCAAGAACGGGAGGAACUGAUGCAAAAUGGUGUCUGGAUGGAAGAAAAGAUGAGAGUUUUGGUGCAGACACUGCAGGAAGAGAAGGGGGAGCUGGAACGUGGCUUUCAUGAGCAGCUGAAAAGGAUGGCAGAGGUGCAUGCCCUGGAGAAGGAGGAGCUCCAACAAGAGCUGCUGAGGAAGCACGAGCAGGACCUGAAGGAGGAAAGGAAAAAAAUGGAAAGUGACUAUGACAGAAGAGCAUCCAAUGCAGAAACUCAGUUUUCUGUUGAGACACAAACACUUGUGAGUAAAUAUGAAGAAACCAUCCAAAAUCUAGAAGGACGUUACCAGCGAGAGCUGCAUGAACUUGCUGAGCAGCAAAGAGAGGAGAAAUCCCAGUGGGAGUUUGAAAAGGAUGAAAUUGCUCAGGAAGUUGCUGAAGCCCACAAGAGACUGAAGGAAAGUCUGGCAAAUGAAAAGGCAGUUUCUUCUGCCCUCACCCAGGAGAAAGAUCUCCUGGAGAAGAACUUCAAGGAAGAAGUGAACAAGCUUGUGUGUGAGAGAGAGCAGCUUCAGAAGGAGCUGCGAGACCUGAGGAAUGCUGCUGAGGUGGAGGAGAAGAAGUUGAAGGAGAAAAUAACACAACUCCAAAAUGACCACGAAAAAGAGCUAAAGAACAAAGAGGAGCGUAUGUCUGUGGUGGAGGAAAAUGGGAAGCUGGUUAGGCAAAAGCUGGAGAGGCUUGACAGUGAAUAUAAGCAAGAGAAAGAAGACCUCAAUUCCAAGCUUCUUGCUCUGGAGAGUUUAAACAAAGACAUUUGUGUAAGAGCAGAAGCAGAAAAGGCUGAGAUGAGUUUGGAAAUCUCAGACCUCCAAGGGAAAAUACGGAAGUUGCAGUGGGAGACCCACAGUUUUUCUGCACUGCAAAAUCAUUAUAGGGUCCUGGAAAAGGAGUACGCCAAAGCAAAGAGCAAAAUUGCUUCUUCCUUUGGUGUGGUGCCUCUGGGAGGUGAUGGGGAUGUCCUCUUAAAUCUGCAGAGAGUGCACGAGCAAGCUGUGAAGGAGAAUGUCAGGAUGGCUGCUGAGAUUGUCAGGCUGCAGCACAGGCUGCAAGCUGUGGAGCAGGACCCCCUGCCACCACCCAGUCCUGCCUGCUCCAACUCCAUCUCACAACCCCCUCAGCUGCCAGAUGAAAUAGAUCCCAUCUCUGAAGAGCUGCCCAGUGACUGGAGAGGUGCAGACAAGGGAACAGAUUCAAAUGUCCUUCUGCUUUCGGAGGUAGACAGUACAGACCUGGAAGAAAUGACUGAGGCUGAUUCAGAUUUGGAGAGAGCAUGUGUUGAAGCCAGGUCAGGUGGCCCUGCGCUCGAGGCACGGGUGUGUCAGAUGCAAGGAAAUAAAGCAGCACUGGAAGCUGAUGGCAAUCAGGGCUGUGACAGGAUUCAAGAGCUGCUUUCUCGGGUGUCUCUGCGGCCAAAAAAGAGGGAACUCAAGAACACUCUUGAGAGAGAACCCAGAUCAAAAGUGCUACAGAACGGUACUGAACAGCAGAAGGUUCAUCUGCUAAAUCACAGAAUAACUCCUGAAAAUAAAGGGUUUGCUUCUGAUGCUUCAGAGCUGGAGGUUGAGCUUGAGAAGGCUGAGGAACUGAGUGAAGACUCCCUCCAGCUUGAUCAUGCUCCUGGGCCAACAACUGGUGACCUGAAAAGCAUAAUAGCUCAGCUCUGGGAAAGGGUCGAAGAGUUAGAAGACAGAUCAAUGGCACAGGCUGAAGUCCUGUCACUACAAGAAGAAAUUCAAGUAGAAAAUGAGGAUCUGAAAUCUGAAAUGAUAAAAUUAGUUGAAAAAAAUAAGGUGCUAGAAGACAACUUGCGUAAGCUGAGAAGCCUUCUUUGCAAGCUAGAACAAAAUAAACUGGAAAGUGUUAAGCUUGGAGAGGAAAACACACAGCUCCUCCAAAAAAUUGAAGAAUGGGAACAUCUACAAGAACAAGGUGCACAAGGAAAUGUAGCUUCACACAGUGACACGUUAAGACUGCAGUGCCAGCUUGGGAAGCUGGGAGAACAUGCUGGGAUGUGUACAGGUCAGCAAGACAAGCAUGUCCGGAGUGACAGCACAGGGACAGAAACAUCUGCAGAAAAGGGGGAGCUGCACGAGCCUGACAGAGAGCUGGAGGAGAAAGCUGCUGCUCGGGUUACCCCAAAAGACACGCGUUUCCCUGAGGAGAGAGAAGAGAGGAGUACAGUGAUGCACGGCUUGCAAGGCACGUGCACUGAGCUGCAGCAAAAAGUUGAUCUUCUGAGGUGUGAAGCUGAGAAGCUCAGAGAAGAAAAUGCUAUUCUGAAAAAUGAAGUGACUUUAUUAAAUGAGGAAGGUAGUGCUUCCAGCCUGAAACUGAGGGAGCUAAGUGGAUCCCAAGAAGAAAUGAGGCAAAAGAUAGAGGCUAUGAGGAAGGAGAAGGUGACUGUACAGAAGAUGGUUGACAACCUGAAAAAGCAGGUGGCAGAUCUGAAGACCAGGAACCAGCAGCUGGACUCUGAAAACACAGAACUUAGCCAGAGAAACUCCAAAAAUCAAGCAGAUGUGCAGGAUCCUAAUCAACAGCUGGCAAGGGUGCUCCAGCAAAAGGAAAGGGGAGCGGGAGAGUGUACCCUGGAAGAGUGGGAAAAGGAGAGACUGGUACUGCAAGAGGAACUGGAAAACUCCAAAGUAAAGACAUCAAACAUGGUGUCCUCCUUGGAGAUGGAGCUGUCAAAAAUGAAGGCUCAAGCUCAUGUAUUGGAGCAGGAGAACCACAUCCUGCAGCAGGAGCUCGAGAAGACAAAGCAGCUGCCCAGAUGUCCUGAUCUCUCUGACCUUCAGAACGAAGUGUCCAGCUUAAUGACUAAAAACGAAAAGCUGCAGAAAGAGAAAGAAGCCCUGAGGGAGGAAUUAAACAGAUAUAUUGAUAAGGUCCAGAGUCUGGAUGAAACUCUGCAAAACACCAACCUCCAACUGUCCCGAGUAAAAUCAGACCAGUGGAUGAUACAGCAGGAGAAUGAAACCCUGAAACAAGAAGUGAUGUCUCUGCACAAGCAGCUGCAGAAUGCCAGCGAAAAGAAUCGGGUUCUAGAACUGGCUGUGCCUUCCUCAGGGCUGCAGGACCAACAGAGGCAGCUGCACUGGGAUGAACUGGACCAGCUGAUGAAACAGGAGCAGCAGCUGCUCAGGCAGGAGAAUGAGAGGCUGCAGAGGGAAGUCCAGAGCACUAAAACAGACCUGACUCACUCCAGGGAGAAGAUCCGACAGCUGGAAUCUACCAUCCUUUCCCUAAAGCACCAAAAGCAUCAAAGCCAGUCAGGUAUCAUCAAACCCAUCAAGCAAGAGAAAUUAAGCUUGAAUAUUGUGUGUGAGCAGCUUCAGAAGGAGUUGUCAUCUGCAAACAGGAAGAUCAGUCAGAUGAAUUCUCUUGAACGUGAACUGGAAACGAGCUCAGAAAAUGAAGGGCUAAGAAAAAAGCAAGUCAAACUGGAUGAUCAGUUAAUGGAGAUGCUCCACUCAAGCAGCAGUGUGAUGCUUAGUCAAUCCCUGCACUCCCGGGAGCUCCAGCAGCAAGGCUGUGCUGUGGUGCCCAAGGAACAGUUCCUGCAGCUCCAACACCAGCUGCUACAAGCAGAGAGGAGGAGUCAACGUCUUCAGGAAGAACUUGAAAGCCGACCCUCUGAAACAAACAUGCAGCAGGCGGGUCAUGAGCAGCUUCUAAAAAUGAUGGAAGAACGUAUGGUGGAUGUUGAACAGAAGCUAAGGCUUGUGAAGAGGCUUCUCCAAGAUAAAGUAAAUCAGCUGAAAGAACAACUUACCAAGAACACUAAAGCAGAUGCAAUGGUCAAGGACCUCUAUGUUGAGAAUGCACAGCUGCUGAAGGCUUUGGAGAUGACAGAACAGCGGCAGAAAACUGCUGAAAGGAAAAACUAUUUACUGGAAGAAAAAAUUGCCAACCUCAAUAGAAUAGUAAAGAACCUGGCAGCCCCAGUGUUUAAUUCAGCAUCUGAGAUAAGGUCAUAGCAGAAAGCCAUUGUGUCUGCCACAGCCCCCUGCACUUUACUGAAAUGGUAAUAUUUCAGCUUUUCACUGUGUUGCCUUUUUGUAUUGAUGAAUUUUAGUGAACAGAUGCCUCCAAGGAGAGGACAGAGCUGAACCCCAAACCUGGACACUGCCAAAAGAGAACUUUUUUGUUUAUUCCCAAGCUGUUCUUCUGCUGAAUUUUGCAUAAAAGUGAUCUUCACUGUGUAAACACAAACAUGUUUUUCUAGGUUAACUUAUUUUGAUACUUCCGUUUUAAUUUAUAAAUUCUGAAUUUACUGAAUCAAUGAUUCCUCCUGUCUAGAUUGAAGCCAAGGUCUAAUGCAAACUUGUUACUGAAUUCAAAACUUAAAGUAUUUGGGGCUUUCUAGAAUACUUCAUGGUCCAAACGGAGUGAUAUUGACAGGUCAGUCUUCAGCACUGGCAGUAGAAUUGCUUACUGAAGGCAAGACUUUCCAGACACGUUCUGGUUCCUCUAAAGGAAUAUGCUCCACCUGAUGCAUUAGGCUUCUGGGUUAUUCUUCAUGGCUGUUUCUCUGCAGAGCUCAGGAAAAAAAAAAAUAAAAAGAGCUUUCUUUAAAAAUAUGUGAAUAGACUACUGCCUCCAGCUGAGCAUGACAGGAUUUCAUCUGAAGAAAUUUCCCAGCUAGCAAAUAAAUACAAGCAAAUUAUUGUUGUAAGAUGUGUUGCCAGACAACUUACAAGUUGUAGAGGCCCUAUUUUUUUUUUUUGUCUGUGGACAUAAGUUACACUAAACAAAGGAAGAGUCACUAAGCAGAAGUGAAGAUGAGAGUUUUGUUUAGAUCAGUUGUAAAUCCAGGAAAGCAGGGGAGUACAUUUAUUAAACAACUGGCAGGAGAAUGAAGAGGGGCACUUGGGUAGUUUCUUCAGUGAAAUGCUGUCAUUAGGCCUCACAGACGUGGACCUUGGCCAUGAAAGCAGUGUUCAGUUUGACCUGAGUGGUAAUUUGGGAAGGCCUGUCUUCUGUGGUAGGUCCCAGAAGAGAAUUUAAGUUUGUAAUUAAUUGUGAAGAAACGUACUCAGUGUGAAUAUGAAGACCUCAGGGAACAACAGCCUAAAUAUGCUUCCUUCAAUGUCAUAAAUGUGGAUAUUAAUGACAAUAGAUAUAAGUGUGCAUUAGGAAAAGCAGAGUAAACCAAAUUGUAUUGGGAUAUUACCUUAGUAUUCCUAGACCAACAUGCAGAACUGCUGUAGUGAGGAAGGUCAGAGAGCACCAAGGUUUGAGGGGUGAUGACACCCAUUUCAUCAGCUCAUGAGGCUGGGGAAAUGCAGGUGUUCUGGGAACACCUCUUAGAGAAGCAGCUGGGUGAGAGUGUGCAUGCUCAGGUGCUUGUACAGAGCUGAUUCCAGCAGACAGUCAGAAUGCCCAACCACUGCCUUGCCUCCAUCAGGCCAGUAAGACACAUGGAAACCGUGUAGCUACACCUGGUGAAAGGGGCCAUACUAGCAAUACUUGGAACUGGACUGCUGUAAAUAGCCACAAACUGGGAAUGCAGGGGAAAAGGGUGAGAUGUUUUGUCUCGGCGACCACUAGCAAGGUGACAAGUCUGACACUGGUUAUAAUGAGCCAAAAGUCUCCCAGAAACUGGGAUCACACUGCCCAAAAGCUGGGGAAUAACCCAUGGAAAAUUACUUUCCCUUGGUACUGAUGAGCAUGUGGCUGGAGGGGAUGACAUUGAUGCCCAUGGUGUUAUCUCCCAGUUGGAGGGUUGAGGGACUGACCAAGACACACAGGGUAUCACCUCCUCUUCUCCUCUGUUGCAUUGUGCAGGAAAUACAGUGGAAAUGGAAAUACAGUCAUGGAAGAACACCCUGGAGUAUCACAAAGUCCUCAUAAAUUCUUCCACUGCUGUGCUGUUCUAAACACCUCUACUGGCUAUUUCUCAAAGUCAUCUCAAGUUUAAGGAUUUACACAUCCCAUUUUUCACAGGCUGCAAGAACUUUGUCACACCUUUGAAAUUGGUCACAUUGACCAAAUGCAUUGACAUAAAGUGGAGCUUUCUUUUAAAAGAUUGAAGGGAAAUCUGUCUUUCAGUGUUGCUCAGUACGUGGCAGCAGUUCUAAUAAAUCUGUGUGUGGGCACCAGGGCUGCAUGUCAGGAACAGGGUGACUGAGCACACCCUGAAACAGGAAUUGGAAAAUGCUUCCAGGAAAUCAUGUACAUGAGGUUCAGAUGAUCAGAAGUAGAUUUGGUAAAAUAUCAUUAGCUUGCACAUUUUAACACUCCUUCAUAUCUUGACCUAGGUUUACUUUUAAUGCUCACUGUGUGACCAAAGUCUGAACACAGAGCAGAGGGAACGAGAACUUCACUGCAACUAUUGAGGAAUUAAUUUCACCUUACUUACUUUGAAAGGCUAGGCUACUUAUUCUUUUAAUCUCCUGGUAGUCACCAGGUUUUUAUAAACCAAACACAGAGAUGUUUCUAGAGCACAGUACCAAAAAGGGAGCCCAGAUGUUGGAACAGAAGGGAGAAAAGGGACUUCUACCUUUCUCACCUUGUUCUGCUUCUGUUUCACUUAGCUUCAAAAAACUAACCUAACCACAGGAGAGAGGGGGAGGAAAAUGUUUAGUAAAUAUUUUUUUAGACAAAACUCCCAAUUUCACUGGAAUAAUUGUGAAUUAAUUUUCAGAAGUGCCUUUUUUAUGAGUACAUGUUCUAGAGCCUUUCUGUAACUGUUUUUGUUGCUACAGGGACAAUUCAGGACAACCCCUCCCCAAAUGGAGGGAACACAGAGGAAGGUGGUAGUGCUGCUCACACCUUGCUCAUUGGUUCACUGUGUCAGCUCAGAAGACAGGCAGGUAGUUUUACAAAGUCCAGGCUACUGAAAAAUAAGCAUUAAGGCAUGUCAGUUAUUAAGCAUCAGUGGUCUUUUGUGCAUAAAUGUCUCCUAUGCAGUACAGGCAUUUUAAAGAUACCAAAGUAUUGAAGGGUAUUGUAUCACUGAAUUUCUAGACCUCAUUCAUACAAAGGGUCUUGCCAAGUAAGAUAGUAACUACUUUAUUACUAGAAGGUGUUUUCAACUCUUUCUUUAUGAAGCACUGUGAAAAUAAAGGCACAUAGAUACCUAGGGUGGGGAGUUUUGGAAGAGGAGAGACCCCUCCCAAGUUAAUUUACGUGUACUAAAGUCCCACAGCUGAAAUGCUACUGGUCAACUUAGAUUUAUUUAUAUAUAUAUACAUCGUCACAUAUUGUCCAACUACUACUCAAAAUACAAUGAAAAAUUAGUUUUUUGCAUUCUGGUUGAAAAAAAGGAAAAAAAAAAAAAAAAAAAGGAUUGUAAGAUAUUUUAGCCAGAUUAUAUAUGAGAGAGCAGGGGACAGUCUGGAUCUAUCAGAAGUAAAAAUACUUGGGUUUACUUUCAGCAAAGGCCAUCACUGUCUCUCAGGUUUUCCAUCAUUUACCUGUGAAGUCUCCUGUUUGCUGUCGGAUGCUGUCACUUCAUGACAAAUUACUUCUGUAUAAAGGAAAGCAACUGUAUAUUUUUUUUUCUAUCUAAUUUGUUCUGGUGUAAUAUAUUGUCCUUACAACAUCGUGUAAAACCGAAAGAUGAACAAACUGACACAUUAUUUAUGAUGAAUGUAAAAAAAAAAAUAAAGUAUGAUCCUUA